CACGCCUCCGCCCUUUCCCUCCCAAAACGAAAAGCUUCCCUCCCUCCCUCCGCACCAAACCAAAACCCCAAACCCUUGCCGCCCCGGGAGCAUCUGCAUCGCCCAGCCGACCACGCCGGGCGAUUCGGCCCCCUAUAGGUCGUCGGGCUCCUCCAAUUCCCGACCGGGUCCCGUGAUCCGAGCGCGAUCUCGCGGGUCGGCGCGGAAUUGGGGGAGGGAUUUCAGACGGCGCCGCAACUCGCAAGCCCGCGGCUCCCCCGGAAGCUUCCGGAACGUUCUAGGGCCUCCUGCUCCGGUUCGCGCGCGCUCGGGAUUGCUCGAUCCAGCCCGGGAUUUCGCCGGGAACCGGCGCGGCGGGUUUAGGGGCCGCGCGUGAGGAGUCGGAAUGGCGGCGCCGCGCCGCCUCCUCGCCGUGGCGGUGCUCUGCGCCGCGUUCGCCUCCGCUGCUUCCUUCACCGACCCCCCCGAUGCGAUAGGACUUUGGGGGUUAUAUCGCACAUUGGAGUCGCCGUGGCAGCUUUCUGGUUGGACAUUCCAGGGUGGCGACCCAUGCAGUGAGGGUGGUGGGCGUGGACGGUGGCGAGGCGUCUUUUGCAAGGGAUCGUCAGUUGUCACAAUAAGCAUUAGCGGGCUCGGAGUUGGUGGAUGGCUUGGCCCAGAGCUGCUCAAGUUUCAGUCAUUGAAAAAACUGGAUCUGAGCUUCAAUAACAUUACUGGUGAAAUCCCGCCCACUUUGCCCCCAAAUGUGGAACACCUAAAUUUGGCAGCCAACAAGUUUGAAGGGAAUAUACCAGCAUCAUUGCCAUGGUUGCACUCCCUGAAAUACCUGAACUUCAGCUACAAUAAACUCUCUGGAGUAAUUGGUGAUGUUUUUGUUAACAUGGAUAGCUUAGAAACGAUGGAUUUGUCAUUCAACGCUUUCAGCGGUGACCUACCAAGAUCGUUUAGCUCAUUGACUAACCUCCACUAUCUUUAUCUACAUCAUAACGAGUUCACAGGAUCUGUGAUUUUGUUAGCAGGCCUUCCACUGUCAUCCCUCAACAUUGAAAAUAAUCACUUCAGUGGUUAUGUUCCCGGAACAUUUGAGUCCAUUCCUGAGCUGAGGAUUGAUGGAAACCAGUUUCAACCUGGUUUCAGAUAUGCAUCGUCCUCAUUUACUAGGAGGACCCAUUCACCUCCACCUCAAUCUUUGCCUCCAACUCCACCUCCACCUCCAACCCGACCACCUCCACCAGCAGCUAAGCAGAAUCCAAAGCGCAAGCCAAAAUCUCCAAAGCCUUCUUUGGUGUAUUCUUCUCUGCAAAGUAACAGCCAGCAUAGGAAGUCACACUCUCGAGUGACAGUUGCUGCAGUAGCUAGUGCCACAUGUACAGUGUUUCUACUACUCAUUGUUGGAUUGGUUCUGAAAAGUUGGAAAAGCUGUUCAUUGUGCCCUAAGAGCACCUCUAACUGUGCCAAGACUUUCCCAGCCAAUAUGGAAGCAGUCCCUAAAGCAAAUGAGGUCCUGUACUCUUGGAGUUCUCUGUUGAUUGGCAGUGAUCCUUCAUCUACUAAUGACAUUACAUCUGACAGAGUUCCCAAAAUAAAAAGUUGGUCCAAGACAUCUAAAAACCUUCUAACUGCUAAACAGUUUCCAGCUGCUGACAUUCUGGCAGCUACCAGGGACUUCAAUGAAGAAUGCCUUAUCGGUGAAGGUUUCACUGGCCGAGUUUACAGAGGCGAUUUUUCUGAUGGCCAGCUCCUGGCUAUCAAGAGGAUUGACAUGGUAGACCUAUCAUUAUCAGAACAAGAUGAAUUGAUGGACAUGCUUUGGAAUAUCUCCAGAUUAAAGCACCCUAAUAUCUGUGCGCUUGUGGGAUAUUGUGUGGAGUUUGGACAUUGUGCGCUUCUAUCUGAGUAUGCAGAAAAUGGCUCUCUUGAUGAUCUUUUGUUUUCAGCAGCCACAAGAUCCAGGGCUUUGUCAUGGAAAGCUCGGAUGAAGAUUGCUCUUGGAGUUGCCUAUGCUCUGGAAUACAUGCACUUGACGUGUUCCCCUCCAGUUGCUCAUGGAAAUAUUAAAGCGAGAAAUAUUUUGCUUGAUGCUCAGCUCAUGCCCUACCUCUGUGACAGCGGAUUAACCAAGUUAAGCCAUUUUGUCAGCACCGCAAGAAUAAUGAAGGAUCCAGAAGCUAUCACCAGUGCUAAAGGCUAUGCUGCCCCUGAACUUACUGAGCCAGGAGCAGAUGCCAUCAAAGCUGAUAUUUACAGUUUUGGUGUGAUUUUACUUGUUCUUUUGACUGGGCAAAAGGCUUUUGACAGUUCAAGGAGGCAAAAUGAGCAGUUUCUAGUAGAAUGGGCAGCUCCUCAUCUCAAUGACCUUGAUUCUUUGGAAAGAAUAACUGACCCAAGAAUUAGUGGCUCUAUGCCAGCUAAAGCUAUCUCUUCAUUAGGCAUCAUCAUCUUGCUUUGCAUCAAGCAGUCACCAGAUCUCCGCCCGCCGAUGACAAUCAUAGCAAACAAAUUAGUAAAGCUUGUCCAAUCAACAGGUCUUCAAAAGACUAGCACAGCACAGCACUUUGAGUUCAAUGCUCAGGACCCCUCUUUCGUAACAACUCGACCUUACUUUGAGCCAUCCUCUACUGUCAGCCAGGGUGGAACCGAGAGCUGCAUCUCCCAAUGAUGAAGGCCUGUUGUGUUCUUCCCCAAUCCUUCCAGGUCUCAUUCUGCCUUAUCCACUCAAUGGCACUCCAAGUAUCUCAACCCUCCCAACUCUUUCCCAUUUCUUACUGAUGCCAGUUGGCAAUGCCCAAAUCUGCUGUGUUGCAACACCCUGAUUACCGGAUGACAUCGGAUAGAUUCAAGUUUUAACCAUUGUCUACAUAGAAAUGAGUGAAACAAACUGUAGUUAACUCCUGCAGAAAUUGGUGCAAGCCUGGUUACCCGUACAGCCAUGGCUUACGGGUUCAGGGUUCUUACCCCACAUCACUUUGGGACCGGAGUUUCAGUUGAGCCCCAUAUGGAGGUGAUAUUUUUGGCUCUUAUGUAGUUUGUCCAGGAUCCCCGGCCCAUUGGCUGGUCCAGGCUUACACCUGCCCUCACUUCCUGUAUAGUCAUCAGCUGUGUACGCUCGCUGCCUAUGAAAAAAAACCGCGAAGAUAAGACGUUUGCUA